AUGAACGUGCUUUUGUGCAGCUAUGGUUCGUACGUUCUCUUCGCAACUUUAUCCGACGAGUACCAGCAUCUAUUGCGAGAAGAGUUUCUGGAUGAAAACACCCGCACUGUUGUCCAAGGCGAGCCGAUGGUUGUCGUUCGAUAUUUGAUCCAUGAGGAAUCUAUCCUCAUAGUUCUGUUCGUGCUCUGUGUCGGCAUGGGCAUUGCGCUUGUGUGCUUUUCCGGAUUCCACCUCUAUCUGGUUUCCAACAAUCUCACCACAAACGAGUUUUUCAAGCGGAGGGAACUUCGUCGAUCGCAUAUGUGUCCUUGCACACAUAAGUAUGAUCUCGGGUCCGCCGUAUUAAACUGGCGCGAAGUUUGGGAGCCUCGAUACAAAGCUAAGAUAUUUGCUGUGAAGUUGGCCGCUUCCAAGCGCUCUGAUCAUCAAAAAGGAGCACGUAGCUUUGAUGUAGAUCUGGAUAAGGAGCCGUACUUGCUUCCACUCAUGAAGCAGGCAGCUACCACGCCCAAACCUCCAAAACGACAGCAUGACGACGAUGACAAGAGUGGUGAACGCUAUUUCCUCGAUCAAAUCAAGCUCCUUCGGCACCGUCACCAGCAACAAGUGACUAAUUGCGAGCAAGAACACGAGACGUCUGCGUGGAUGGAGUUUGAGGAGCUGGUCUCUCCUGAGGCAACCAAUUCAACAACGAAGACAUUAAACACGUACUACUACGACUUUGUUACCAAGUCUCGACAGGAUAUACACCCUUUGGUGCCUCUACUUGGCGACAAUGCCGAUAACGCUGACCCCAUGACACGAGCUGCCGAUCCACUAGAAUUUGAGCAUGCUUCGACAUUGCACAAGCAGACAUCGAUGAAGAACAUUACUAAAUUGGAAAUUCUAUGCUUUCACUGCUGGUGGAAGGAGACCUCCCUGCAAGGAGAGACCCGCCAAUGCCGCUUGCGACUUUACUUCUCCAUUCCGACACGUCAUUUUCAGGUGGUGCUGGAGGACUCCCCAAAUGUGUUCACCAUUUCCCACGUUGCACAUGCUGUGACUGGGGUGCCUCUUUCUGUGUGGGACUUGCAUGAAGGUGCGCGGAUUACCGUACUCGGCCGCCCAACCACUUUGCGCCAGGCUAGUCUCCUCACUCGUCAAUGGUUGGAAAUCCACGAGCGUCGGCUACGCCCAAUCAUGGAGCAGUUGCAGAAAGAACUAGCCAAGUAUGAGCUCCGUUCACAUGGACGCUCAGCAGCGGCCCCAGACAACCCCGGCCCAGGAAGUUAUCUACGUCCAUCUUCAUCACCACCGUCCAACAACCAACGGGAACACCAAGGGCUCCGCAAAUUCGCUCAUUUAAUUAAACCGUCAGUGCCUACUAUCCCACAGCGACAACAAAGCUACGGCUACGUGCAGGUUGGUGUGGAGCUUCAGAGACAGUCGGCACCUGAAAAAAUCUACUCUGGUGUCGGACAUGACACAGUGGGCCCUGCCGCCUACAGCAGACAUAACUCGAUCUGGAAUGAAAAGAAGAACGGGGCUCCGUCACUCAAAUCUACCGCCAAACGUGAAGUAUGGGAGGAGAACAAGAGACUUACAAGUUUGCCGGGCCCAGGUCAGUACAACACCAAUUCAGUCCCCGAAAUCACAGUGGUGACCACUCCACUACCAGCAAAGUCGAUCCCAGAAGGACAGCGACCGCGAAUUGGUGCACGCCGUAGUCAACAUCGAGGCACUAGACAGAGUGCUGUAUUUGCGUCCAAGGUGCCCAUUCUUCAAGCUCCCAAACCUGUUGGAGUUUACGACCCUGAACGAGAGCAGGAACUCCUAGCCAAGGAAGAGCGUGCUGAACGAUAUCGCCAGGAACACAACAAGCUUGGCGGCUACGGUACGAAGACGGAGGCAUUUGGAUCCACUACAGGUCGUACCGAGUUGACGUCGCACAUUACCACUCCUUUCAGCAAUCCUUCGUACACUACGACACCAGGUCCCGGCAGAUACGGCACUGCUCGCUCGAAUCCCUCAUCAAAACAACUUGGAAGAAAAACAAGUGGAGUCUUAAUUCCGCAUCACCGCGCUGAAGGAAUCGGCUUUUCAUGUGCUACUGAGCGACCUUGUCUUGCUCCUACAAAGACACCUUCAGCUCCAGGUCCAGGUGCAUACAGGAGCGAGACUCCACGGUCUCUCAACCAAAAUGUUAGAGGCAAACUCUGCAUCGGACGGAACGGAGUCUUCGGAACGACAUCAGAACGGCAGGUCUGGAGUGGGGACGAAUUUACCCCAGGACCCGGAGCAUAUUCCGAGGCGGGAUCGUUCGACACUAGACAUUACCUUAAUUCUGCCGCGUUCAAAUCCGGUUCGACUAGAUUUGCGAAGAAUGCACUGCCACACGCCCCACCACACGUGCAUUGUGUGGGUGAUCAGGCUACACCUGCAGUGGGGCAGUACAACGUCUCUAAAGGUUUUUCGGCCGUUGCUUCGAGCGUACCGGAAGUUGCAUCUGCGUCAGAUGCAGCAGAAUUCCUAUCACCACGAGUACCAUUCCUGUCGACGCAAGAGCGAUCCGUGUUUGACACCAAAGAUGUCUGCGAUCUGCCUGGUCCUGGGGCGUAUAAGGACAAUGUCGACGAUACGGGAGCCUACACAAGAUCAAGAGAUCUUCGCUUGACGGUCGGAAAUGAAGCUCGAUUUCGCGUGAAGCCGACGGUGCCUGUGACCGUCGGACCUGGAGCGUAUUCCAUUCCUGGUACAGUUGGCACCAAGAGCUUCAACGUGACCAUGACCCCAAAGGAUAAAGUCAAGUCUGGCCCAACAAGAGCUCGUGGUUCCCCCACUCACAAAACCUCUCCACGCACGCUGAUACACUAAAGUUUCAAGGCAAAACAUGCAGGCAUUACUUUGACGCGCUUAAUUUUACUUGUGUUGCCCAAGAUAUGUACCACACAAAGUUUUUUUUUUCCAACUAAUAGAUUUCAUUCUUCAUACUAUGGGCAGGUGCCGCG